AUGCAGGCAAUGGCGUUGCGCGUAGAAGCAGAGAAGGGUUUUCGCUUUAAGCUGCGCUCGCCUUUAGGCUGUCCAUUAUACACCUUAAAACACAAACCCUACAUUCUUUUUCCUUACGGGCAUAAGUACAGGUCUCCUAACAGACCAAAGUGGUGGGUGGGGCGGAGGCUUGCGUACCCUCAUCACUCGCAUCAGAAGGUUUGGCUUCCUUCUUCUCUUCUUUCAGUUGAGUCUUUUGCGGUGCUGCAGCAGCAGCAGCAGCAGCAGCAGGAGCAACAGCAGCAGCAGCAGCAACUCCCCCCGCAGCAGCAGCAGCAGCAAAAAAAACAGCAAAAACAGCAAGCCAUAGAAAAAAGGAGACAGUUGCUGCAGCAGCUGCUGGAGACGGAGACUGCUCUCGCAGCAGCAGCAGCAGCACAUCGCCAGCCUGUGAGAAGAGGCAUCGGCAGCAGCAGCAACAACAGCAGCAACAGCAGCAGCAACAGCAGCAGCAGAGUACAGGUGGGCCUGUGGACCUACGAUCCUGUUGCUGCUGCUGCUAAGCUGCAGCAGCAGCAAAUUCUGCCCGAGGCAAUGCAUGCGCUGCCGCUGCAUGGAGUAAGUUUCCUCUUGCUGCGCGACAGACGCAGCAGCAGCAAGUUGCUGCAGCAGCAGCUGCAGCAGCACCACAGAAAGUGGCAGCAGCAGCAGAAGCUUACCGCCAGGGGAAUUGUAUUGCCGCCCCCUCUCAGACCGAGCAACAGCAGCAGCAGCAGCAGCAGCAGUAGCAGCGACGGCAGCAACAGCAGCAGCGACAGCAGCAGCAGCAGCAGCAGCAACAGCAGCGAAGCUGCUUCUGACUAUCAGCAAACACCUUCAGGAAGAACGAUGGCGUUUAUACCAAGAGAUGUUUGCUACAGGCACCGUCCUUUUAAAGCUCGGAUUUUAGGAGACCUUUUGUCUAUUCCCUCUCCUCGCCUCUGCGCCCUUUCCUCUGCUGCUGCUGCUGGCAGCAGCAGCAGCAGCAGCAACAGCAGCAGCAGAGACGGGCUAGCUGCAGCAAAUAUGCUGCAGCAGGAGCCUGCAGCAGUUGCUGCUGAGCCGGGGGCCUCACAAAGAACCGACAGCAACAGCAACAGCAGCAGCAGCAGCAGCAGCAGCAGCAGCAACAGCAGCAGCAGGGCAUUUGUGUUUCGCCGCUGCUGCUCUCCUGCUGCUCUCAGUUUGCAGCUUUGUGGGUUUUCUUAUUGUGAAGCAGCAGCAGCAUACCUGGUCGCUGCGUUGCUGCAAGAGAGCAGCAGCAGCAGCAACAGCAGCGGCAGCAGCAGCGGCAGCAGCAGCAGCACGACCUGCUGCAUAGCACGUUUGCAGCAGCAGCAGGAGGCUGUUUCGAUAUGUGCAGCAGCAUAUUUGCUGCUGCAGGAAGGUGCGCAGGGUUUAGAGCGGCAGCAGCUGCUGCAGCAAGCUGCAGGCGAAGCAGAGCCUGUUACAGACCCUCCUACAAAAGAGAUAGAUGAUUAUGAAGAAGCUCGGCAUUCUUUAUUUGCUGCUUUGCUGCAGCAGCAGCUAGUAGAGCCGGAUGAGGAGUUUGCAUACGACUCUUCUUCACAACCCCCCGGCAGCAGCAGCAGCAGCAGCAGCAGCAGACUCGUGCCUUGGCAGCAGCGGCUGCUCAGCCCUGAAGACCGCAAGAAGUUAAAAUUGCUGCUAAUGAGGAGAGCUCUCGCUAACGUUCCUCGUUGGAGCUUCGUUUCUGCUGCUAGCAAUGCGAAGUACAGACUGUAUAGGCAUGGUUUGCUGCAGCAGCAGGCCUGGUGCAGCUUUGCUGCAGCACAAGAAGAUCUUAGUAAAGAGCUGCAGUAUAUUAAAGAAGAAGCAAAUAAUAUAGAGCCGCACUGGGGUGAGACCAUCUUAAGAGAUACAGUUUUGCUGCAUAGACUCGGAGAAACUCAGAAACAAAGAAACAAACUGCAGCAGGAGCAGCAGCAGCAGCAGCUGCAGCAGCAGCAGCAGCAGCAGCAGCAACAGCAACAGCAGCAGCAGAACAAACAACCAAUCAUGCAACAGCAGCCCCAUCAACUCCAACAAAGGCAAGAACACCAACAGCAGCAGCAGCAACGACAGCCGCAGCAGCAGCAGCAGCAGCAAAGGCAGCAGCAGAAGCAGCAGCAGCAGCAAAAGCAGCAGCAGGAAGGAGUAGUUAAGGGCAGCAAAGUUGAGGACCCUAUGCCGAAGCAAACAAAUACAAAAAACUUUAACAAAAAGAAACAGUAA